AGAGGAGCUCUGCUGUUUUCAGGAGGAUAAAACUGGAAUUUGGAAGUGAAAAGUCAAGGAUGCCAACAUUGUCCAGGAUUACUGCAAAGCAGUGAAGCAACAAUGACAGGAUGAACCGGCUUCAUGCAGAAAGAAAAUCAUUCCUCGUACCUAUAAAUGAAGAUGCAAAGCAUGAAGGAGACAAUAAAUUGGCAACGGGUGAACACUCUCCUCAAAAACUCAAGAAAAUCACCAAGGAUAAUUGUCUUCCUGCAGUUCCAUGCCACCAGGGACUGUUUCCUGAGCUAGCCCCAAGACCUGUGGAUGAGUUGCCUCCUCCCCCCAAAAUAGACAAAUACAAACUUGCAAAAUUUUUAACUGAGAAGGCCAUCAAGGAGAAGAGAAUUUUUACUAUCUGUGGGCCUUACCCAGUAAUCCGCGCAGCUUUGAGGAAGAGAGGAUGGGUGGAAAGAAAGCAUAUCCAUAAAGCUGACAUUCAAGACCAUAAAGAUGAAGGAAAUGAAACAGAGCGUAACCAUGUUGGCAAAACUGAAAGCAAAACUACCUUGCGAGACGAGGAAAACCAUAGUGUGAACCCAAAUGACAUCCAUGAUAUAAUGUCUAGGUUGGUAAGAAAUGAAGAACCCUCCUUUUUCUGGACUAUAAAAAAAGAUGCAGUGGAUUACUCUAAUCUCCACACUGAUCAGAUGUUGAACCAUUAUUCAAGAACUGGCUCCUUUACAACCAAAAUUGGCCUUUGUUUGCACAUGAGAAAUUUGCCAUGGUAUGCGUCAGCUGACCCAAAUUCUUUCUUCCCUCGAUGUUAUGGCAUUUGCAUGGAUGAUGAGAGAGUAGAUUUUAUUGAUGACUUCAGGAAAACAGCAGCAGCCUCCAUAAUCAAAUGGGUUGUCAGUUUACAUAUUUCUAGCAGCAAAUAUAAGUGGACAUCUACAGAAAGCACUAAUAAAGAAGAUGCAACUGAAACUAAAGAUGCGGAUGUAAAUAAAGUAAAGGAGCUUCCUGGAGAAAUAGUAGAAAUGGCAUGCAAAGUGUGUGAAACCUACCUUGAUCAAAUUGAGCAUAACGACAUUGAUACAGCAAUAGAAAGUGUACCAGUGCUAUCAGAAAAAGAAUGGAAUCAAUUGAUUGAACAGUACUAUACUCUCAUUCAUGAGGAUGCACUGAUUUGUAAUGCAGAUAGUUAUUUCCCCCAGUGUCAAAACAUUUUGCACAAAAUGAUCCUAGCAGAUCCACAGCAUGAUAUCAAUGGUCUCCACAAUGUCUGGAUUAUUAAACCCGGAGCAAAAUCCCGUGGCAGAGAAAUAGUAUGCAAGAACAGAUUGGAAGAAAUAUUAAAACUAGUUGAACCAACAGAUCAGUUUCCAGUGAAAGAUCACAAGUGGAUUGUCCAAAAGUACAUUGAGGCACCAUUACUGAUUUAUGAUACAAAGUUUGAUAUUAGGCAAUGGUUUCUUGUGACAGACUGGAACCCCUUGACAUUAUGGUUCUACAAAGAAAGCUAUCUGAGAUUUUCAACUCAACGUUUCUCCUUAGAUAAUUUGCACAGCUCCAUUCAUCUUUGCAAUAAUUCCAUCCAGAAAAAUUAUAAGAAUGCUACUGACCGCAGUUCUCAUUUGCCUUAUCACAAUAUGUGGACAAGCAGCAAAUUCCAAGACUACCUGCAAAAGAGAGGUCAUGGCCACAUCUGGCGAAAUGUGAUCUACCCAUCCAUGAAAAGAAUUUUAAUCUAUACUAUGAAGAUGGCUCAGGACCAAGUUGAAUCACGGAAGAGCAGUUUUGAACUUUAUGGAGCGGAUUUCAUUCUUGGGAAUGACUUUAAACCAUGGCUGAUUGAAAUCAAUAGUAGUCCAACCAUGUAUCCUUCUACUCCAAUUACAUCAGAUCUAUGUGCUCAAGUUCAGGAAGACACAAUCAAAGUUGUUAUUGACAGGAAGCUUGAUAGGAACUGUGAUACUGGAAAUUUUGAACUUCUCUGGAGACAACCCAUGAUGGAUCUGCCACCCUUCAAUCCUACAGACCUUAUUGUUGAGGGAGUCAAUUUUAGGCGACUGAAAAAACAUCUGGUUCCCAUCAGUAAUUUUAAUUUCCUUGAACCACUACUAAAUGUACCACAAUCUGCAGUCAGUCAAGAAAUUAAAGGCGAUUUGGUAGCAUCUAUCAAUGACAAGCAAAAUGUGCAAGUAAAAAAUGGGAGUAAUGUUCCUUGUACCUUGCCAAGGACCCUCAAGAAGUUACAAGAUAAGAGCCUGAAAGUAAAAACCAACCACAGAAAGCAUGUCAAAACCAUAGACUUUCCUCGCAUAGUUGAUGGUCAUGAAGCAACAAACAUGUCUGAUAAAAAAAAGACCAAAGUAGCUAAAGUGCCAAGCAGUCACCAGAUUGGGAAUCAAAUUGUCACUACCUUUCCAAAGCCACAUGGAUUAGAUUGGGCAUUACUUCAACCCUCUAAAGAUACAGGUCUGCAGAACAAGAAAAAGAAGAUUCCAUGCCUAAUUUGUGGAGAUGGUUUCCAGCCAGAGAAAGCUUGUAAACAGUGUAGCUCUUUUUGUGCAACUGUAUUACAAGGAGGUUCAUACUUACCUAUGGCUCCAUGUUCUCCUCCUGAAAAGAUGGCAAGAAACAGGCUAAUGGCCCCUUAUUACGGGUUUUCAAAAUACCCUUGA